AUGAAGCUUGCAAAGGCAGCAGCCCAGCAGCUUAAGGCUGUUGUCGUGGAGUACGACGUACUAUGCAGCACCCUAUUGGACAAAUCUUCCGCUUUGCAGGGUGAGAAACAUUGCUACGGGAUGGCAGCAGAGAAGAUCCGAGAGCAAAAGGAACAACGCGUUGGUUUGUCGCUUUUUAACACCACAUCAAUCAAGUCGAUGCUAGUUCGUGACGCUCGUGGACUGCUCAAGUAUCUGAGGAAAGAAGACCGAGAAGAAGAGACGUUAGUGCUGAAGGAGCAACUGCAGAGCACGUUCCAAGGUUUGCCGAGUCAAAUCCUGGAGCGAAUUACAAGCCCAGAAGACAAGGAGAAAGCUGAUGUGGGUACGAUCAAUGGUAGAGUCUACUUGGAGAAGAAGCUGCAGUCGUCGUUGGAGACGUCGACGAAAUGUAACCAGCAGAAGAAAAAUGCGAGAUUGAAACACGAACGGUGGAGCGAAGAAGGUUUCGGGGUUAAGAGCGGGAAUCAGACCAGCUCGUUGAGAGAUAAGUACUUGGACAAGAUUAUUCAGCUGAAGAAAGGUCAGGAACGAAGCACGAUGGAACGAGAGGAAAUCGUAGGGGCAACCACGUCAGCGGGUCUAUCGACGUGGGUCGUGAAUGAAGGAGCUAACGAAGUUUUGAGCUACUCGAAUCUGCGAGGAUUGUUUAAAGCGGUGAUUCCACCGAGGGAUCCACUGCAGGAUGCAGAGUACAAUUGCUUUCUGAAAGAGAUGAUGGGUCAGUUUGACAUGUUUCUGCCGAAAACGGAACAGCAAAAGUUUCCAAACCCGAUGCCAAUUCUUUACAUUUGCAAAGUGUUGGACUUGAAGCCGUCCGAUGUUCUAGUGCUUGCUCGACAUGCAUCUACCAUAAAAGCUGCCAAGGAUGCCAAGACGCAUGUUUGCCAGUAUAUACCUGAAGACAAGGUCAUUCCAAAUCACACGGCACAUUAUCACUUAACACACUUGAAGAAGUAUCAAGAUUUGAUUGAAGACUUUAACGGUAUUUCCUACCGUGACAAAAUCCUUCUGGGCUCGAUCGAGUUUUAA